AUGGUGGCUUAUAUGACGUACUUACAGUCGCUCAAUAUUGAUUUGAAGAAGGUUUUGAAGUGUGUUUUUGUAGAACCAUCACUUAUAUUUGCAGGCUAUAGUACUAGAGAGAUUAGAGCUCAAAACCUUUGCACUAGAUUAAUGAUUUCCAAACAAGAUGAAUUGGUUAUUGCUCUUUACAAUCCAAGAAGUGUAGCUAUAAUUAAGUCGAAUAAAGACACAAGGUAUGGAUUGGAUUCUAUUGUUACACAUGACGGCAUGAAACUCCCUUGCUGGGCAAUACCAAACUUAUCAUCUUUCAAAAAGAAAUUUGUCAAGCUAGAUGUGAUUGGAAUUGAUGAAGCUCAAUUUUUCGACGAUCUAUAUGAUUUCUGUUGCGAAGCUGCUGAUAUUGAUGGCAAAACAGUUAUAGUUGCUGGGCUGGAUGGGGAUUACUUGAGGAGGAACUUCGGUUCAGUUCUCGAUAUAAUUCCUCUUGCCGAUUCUGUAACCAAGUUAACUGCUCGAUGUGAAAUCUGCGGGAAUAGGGCUUUCUUUACUUUAAGGAAGACACAAGAAAAAGAGACUGAGCUGAUUGGUGGUGCUGAUAUGUACAUGCCCGUAUGUCGACAACAUUACGUCAGCGGGCAAGUAGCGAUAGAGACAGCAAGAACUGUAGUAGAAUCACGCAAGGUUGGGUAUAGGACUCCAGCAUAGUUCUUAGUAGGUAAAAGUAGGUCUUCGGCAUCAUAUACAUCCCCAUGGUGAGCAUAGUUGUAGGGUUAGGGAUAUUGUUUUGUUUAGAAACUGUAAUUGAGUUAAUUAUGCCUGUAUUUUGAUGGCUGCUUUGAUUGAUUGGAUUAGAUGGAAGGAAAAAACGAGUCAAAUGUUGUAUGUAACCAACAAAAUUGAAAACUAAUACAUUAUUGGGGGAGGAGACAUUCAAAGUGGCAACCAUGUGUUAGUUUGGGAAGUUGUUGAUCAGCCAGCUGUUUAGUUUGUUGAUUGUAAUUUCCAAUAACUAAUUUUCAUA